AUGGAGAUCGCAACGUCCAUUAUCAGAAUAAAUGCAUUCUCACUGAGGAAGCCGAUCACUGAUCUGGCAGGUUUGAAGACGAAGCCAAGAACUGAAUCAACGAGACCUUGGAGGAUUCCCCCGAUCUUGCUUCCAAGAGUCUUGAAACCAUGUUCAACUUUGACGACAGACUUCAGACCUCCAGUUAAUGAGCUCACAAUCACUCCAAUCGUUGUUACAACUGCCAGGACGACAGCUGAAACCGUGAGGUCAUAUUUUUUGAAAGUGUCUCACCCUCUCUCUGAGUGAUGAUCUAGCCUCUAGCUCUUCUCUCUCGUUCAUAAGACCAUCGAGCUGUUGUGUCUUCCCAGCAACCUUUUCUCUUGCUCUUUCUAGCAAACCUUUGUUCUUCUUAAAUGGACCUCUGUUUCUCUACAAUUUUUUCCUCUAUCUCAGCAAUUAGUUCCUCUUUUGAUGGACCAAGAAUUUUGUUUUGAACAAUCGAGGAAAGACUUUUGAAAUCUUCUGUCUCUUCUGAGCACUUCAUAUUUCCCUAGAGCUCUCUUGCUAAAAGCAUUGGUAAUUGCAAAAACUUCUCCGUUUUCAACUCUGAUCUUGAUCUAGUUUUUCACUAGCAAUCACGAGUGAAACUUCUUCAAGCGGUUCAGGUAUUCCACCUCGAAUAAGAGAUAUCUCUGCAUUCUUUGGUUCUCUCUCUCCCCCACAUUGUCGUCAUUGAAAUAUCUUCACCUGAAGGACUGGGGGUUGCAUUGAAAUCACGUCGAAAAGGUGUUGUUUAUUUCCAUCAUCAUCAUCAUCGUCGUCGUCGUCGUCAUUGUGUUGUAACAGGGGAUCAGUGUCUCCAAAUUUAACCAUUUUGAACCGUUGAAAUAAAGUAACCUUUAAAUAAAGUAGUAGUCAAUGAGAGAAUCAAUCCGGGUUUUGAAAAGAAAACAUAGAACGCUCCAAAAGAAGAACGCAUGGUUUAUCGAGACACAUUCAAUCCAAGCAGAGCAAAUCCAGGUGAGAUUCUGAUUUUCUGUUCCAAAGCUUGGUGACAGCAUUGUCAUAUAAACAGGACCUCUUACUCUAUGUUCGACCUGACAGUGAGUGGUUAUGCAAUCAAUUUCUUAAUGAACAAUGUAUCAAGAGUUGAUGACUUUGAAAUUCACAAAUGGCUUCAAACUAUGAAAACUCUUUGAAGACCUCUUCUUGACGGGGCAUGAAGGAUCGCACAUGCUGAGAGAGUGAAUUCAAUAUGUCGACCUUUCAAAGAUCAGAUGCAAUGCUGGAGAUGAGAAGACUUCGGAAGUUUCAAAAGAGAUCAAACUGAAUUUGAUUUACAGAACCGGUUAG